UUUAUUAGACCAUAUGCUGUAUGGAGAAAUCUAGAAGGAUCAAAGCCAUUAUUUAGAAAUAGGUGAUAUAUUUGUGAGGCAAACAAACCCUGUUUUGGUAUAAAAUUUUGUAAUGUGUUUAAUAUUUCACAAACUCAAAUAUAUUGAAAAUGAAAAAAAAAAUCAAUAAAUUUAUGUAUAUACUUGUGUAUAUAUUUAUACAGUACAUCAUGAAUAUUGUGGUAUGUCUAUUAAAUUUGUAUGUUUGUUUUUUUUUAUCAAAUAUUUAAUUAAAUUCAGGUUUAUUUGUGGAGCAUGUUUAAUAAUGGAUAUUGUCCUAAAGCAGCUAUACAGAAAUAAAGAGGUUAUUGCCUAUAAGUUCGUUUUUAUAAGUUAAUAUCUAACAAGAGCCAGUGGUGAUUGUGGCAAGGAAAAACUCCCUGAGAUGGUCGGAAGAAACACUUAGAGGAAUCGCUGUAAUUCACCGAAUGUCCAUUCAAAUACCCAGUAUCCUCUACUGCUACCCUAUUUUUCACUUCUGCUAUUUCAUUUUCCUGGGCAUAUCGGUACAAUCAUCGACCGAUGAACAUUACCUGUGUGUACUCUGGGUAUGAGUACAUUUCCUUGGGUGUAGCCUUCGACAGCAAAUAAAACUAACCACUUCAGGGAACACUUUCUUUUUAAAAGUAAAGAGCUUCUACACUACACAAAGCACCAUGGAGGAGAGAUUUCUGGCUUUGAAAAACAGAGUAAUGGCACAUCCACGGCUGAAAAAGGAAAACUUGAAUCCCAAAGCAUGGAUUAACUCAGAGCAUGUUAAAGAUUUCACGGAUUUCGUCCUCCAGAAAGAGCCAGAGGCAGACCGAGAUUUUGAUCAUGUGGAGAUGUUGCUAGAGACCGAAAAAGAAUUCAUGGAAGCAGCAAAAAGAAACGAUGUGGAAACCAUGAAGCUUUUAGGACGGGCUGUGAAUGUUAAUGCUAAAAAUGUGCACAAUCGAACUGCACUUCACUAUGCCGUAGCCUGCAAACAAACAGAAGCUGUUGAUCACCUUCUUAGAAGAAGAGCCAAGCUAGAUUUUCAGGACAAGCAUGGAGUCACUGCUGUUCACCUUGCUGCAUGGUUUGGCAGUUUGGAAAUUCUGAAGCUACUUGUACAGGGUGGAGCGGAUCAGAGGAUUGAGAACAAUGAAGGGAUGAACAUGAUGCACUGUGCUGCUGUAAAUGAUCACAUAGACAUCGUGGCCUAUAUAGUUGAUGACCUUCAAAUGAGAGAACUCGACAAAGAAGACCAGCAUGGAAACAGGCCGUUUGCUGUGGCGGCAGAGCAUGGCUGUGUGAGGAUGCUGCAGAUGCUAAUGGAGGAGCCUUACAAAAUGGCCACCAUGGAGGAAAAUCAGAAAGGAGACACACCUUUACAUCUUGCUGCCAAAAACGGCCAGCUCGGUGCCGUGCAACUGCUGCUUGAUUGCUUUGAGGUCCGCAAUGAGGUCAAUAAUGCUGGUGAAACACCACUGUAUUUAGCUGCUGAUGGAGCUCAUGAGGAUUGUGUUUUGGCCCUGCUAGAAGCUGGUUGUGACCCAAACAUUACUACUACUAACAAGAUUAGCCCUCUCCAUUCUGUUUGUGAAAAGGGCUACAUGCCAGUGGUGAAACUCCUUGUUGAUCAUGGUGCUCAGAUGAAUAUUCAAAACCAACAUUUACAGACACCAUAUCACUUGGCAGUGAAGAACUGUUACACUACAGUGAUCGGAUUUCUGCUGGAAUCUGGGUGUGACACUGAUAUCACAAACCAUCUGGGCCAGACAGCACUCCAUAUAGCAGCAGAACUGGCCAAGGUUGAAGUGAUUGAGGUUAUUCUAAAAGCUGGUGUAAAUAUGGAGAUUAAAGACAGGCAAGGUAAAACAGCCUUGGGAGUGGCAGCGAGAGCUGAUGCAGUGAUUAUUGUAGACAUGAUCAUCAAAGCUGAAAGAUACUUCUGUUGGAAGAAAUCCAAUGCAGAAACUAAUGAAGACCUUCACGAUGAGUUUUUGCUAACAUUUAAACCGGACCACCGUGCUGAGACGAAACAGGUGCGCAACAUGCUGUGGAACAUGGCCUACAAGCUUCUUGGGAAGAACGAGUGGAAGAAGCUGGCAGAGCAUUGGGCCUUUACUGAGGAGCAGAUUGCUGCCAUUGAGGAGCAGUGGACAGGUCCGAACAGUUACCAGGAGCAUGGAAACAGAAUGCUACUCAUUUGGCUCCAUGGAGUGUUAGCUUCUCAGCAAAGCCCUGCCAAGGAACUGUACCAGGGAGUAAUUGCUAUUGGCAAUAUCAAAAUGGCAGAGAAACUAAGGCUGGAGGGAGAGGACAACACUAAACAGAAAUGUGACAUUUCAUGAAGGCAAUGGAAAUUGGAUGUAAAAAAAGAAAUUUUUAUUUUACUCAUCAGAGUCCUAAAAGCAACAGCAAUCCUUAAUUUGACUU